AAUCAUUAAAAUAAGACACUCAACGAUGCCGCUUACGACUGCCGAUUGCAACCGCCAGGCGGCGCCUCUAGUACAACGUCAUUCGUAUGUAAUGUGUAUCUAUAGUUUCCUUCUGUUUUGAAACCCAAGCAAGCUUAGUAAAAUUAGUUCUGGGAGAAAUAAACGGAUUAUUAUUAGUGGUUUUCGUGCUAAUCCUAACAAUCUAAAAGAUGGAAAAGAGGAUUGAUCUAGAACUAAGGCGAAGGAGCCCAUCGGAGAUAAAAGAACUCAAUUUGGACAACUGCCGAAGCACCAGCAUAGUUGGGCUCUCAGAUGAAUAUGUGAAUCUCCAGAUUUUGAGCCUCAACAAUGUCGGUCUUACAAGCCUCAAAGGGUUUCCAAACUUACCCAAGCUGUGGAAACUGGAGCUGUCCGAUAAUAGAAUAUCUAAUGGGCUGAAUUUUCUAAGCGGAUGCAAGAAGUUGGCCCAUCUCAACUUGUCCAACAAUAAAAUAAAAGAUCUAGAAACACUCAAACCACUCCAAGACUUUGAAAAUCUGAAGAACCUGGAUCUUUACAACAAUGAUGUCACCAACAUUGAAGAUUACAGAAGCAAAAUGUUUGCUUUCAUGCCAUCAAUUAAAUAUUUAGAUGGAUUUGACAAAGAUGAUAGAGAAGCUGAGGAUGAUGAAGAAGGAGACGAUGGCGAGGAUGAUGAAUUGAACGGCAACAAUGAUAGUGAAGAAGAUCUCAACAUAGAUUUUGGGCGUCUUAUGAUUGAUGAUGAAAGCUUGUCCGACAGAUCUCCAGAAACGUCACCUAGCCUUUUAAUAACAUUGUAUACCGUAUAUGGUCUCCUUUUCCACAUGGGCUAUCUUAUGAAAAAGGACUCCGAUGUGGAGGAAGAGGAUGGAGGGCCUGCUCUCAGUGCUCUGUAUAAUAAUAUAGAUGAGGAAAGCUCGGAUAGUUCGUUGUACGAGGGUGAGGAAGAGGAGGACGAGGAUGAUGAUGAGGAGGAUAUGGAUGGAGAGAACUUCGGAAACAACGACCAGAAUUCAAAGGCAAACGAAAAUUCACACGGAGAUCCUGAGGAGAGCACUCGAGGUAAAAAGCGAAAACAUGAGGACGAGGAAGAGAAUUGAAGUUGCCUUUAGCGGAGAUAUCUUACUAGUUCGUAAGUGUACAGAGCUCCGAAACAUCGGACAAUAAACCUGAGCCGCAUCACAUAAGUGGCCCAAACACCAACAAUUGUGACAUUAAAAUGAGCUAUCAUAUGCUACUAUCGAAUAAUUUAAUUACAUUUUUUUCACGCAUUUACGUGGUAAACAUGGAAGCAGCAACUCUAUGAUAAUUGUGGCUAUUGUAAGCGUUCAACCAACAUCUUAAAGCCGCCCAUGUCGUAUGUAGAGUCAAAAACAUAAGUUUUUACUUUCGAAAAAGUUUACAAGCAUGAUUUCUAAAGAUUUUGUUUCUGACUGUGCAAUUGAGUUGGGAAAGUUUGCUUAUCCGUCUCUGCCUAUGAGUAAAAAAAUAUCAUUCAGAAUUAUUCAGAUAUAGAAUUAUUCAAAUAUCAUUCAGAAUUAUUCUCCUAAUGCACAAUUGUUGGUUGCUGACUCCUAGUGAAAUAUGAUGGAAGGAGUUGUUGUAUGUUACGGACCAAGAAUGUUGUUAACAUAAUCUGGACCAUAAUCAAAUUUAUCUUCAU